AUGGGUGCAACCAUCUCCACGGUCUGGGGCGCACUGCCCGCUAGUGCAGACUUCUUCUCUCCCACCCCUGACGCCUACACAGCUCUGCUCAAUAUCUUCCAGUAUUUCCCUCUGGUCACAAUCCUGCAAUGGGUUCUCUCCUGGCACCCAGCAGGCAAAACCUCCCUGAAGAGCUCCAUCUUCAACAUCCCCGGCCGACUCGCCUGGUGCGCAAUGGAGAUCGUCGGCCCUAUCAACCUAAUCUACAACCUGGCCCUGCCAUCCCCGACAUCGCCAUCGGUUUUUGAUCUCCCGUGCCCCAACCAGCUGGUGGCAGCGCUCUACUGCAUCCACUACUUAAACCGCGCCGUCAUCUCGCCUUUCUUCUCGGCGCCCAGCAUGUCCCCGAUCCACUUCUUUGUCAUGUCGUCGGCCAUGCUGUUUAACUGGUUCAACUCUUCUUGUUUGGUUGGCUGGAUGCGCGGGUAUACUCUGCCUGUUGUGCCGGGGUUCAAGACUGAUGGCUCCUCGUCGUCAUCAAUCUCCACGGUGGCAGAACUGCUCCCUGCAGCGGGAGUGGCGCUUUUUGUAAUCGGGAUGGUUGGCAACAUCUACUCUGAGACGGCGCUAUUCCGACUCCGGCGCGAAGAGGCCGAGCGCCGAGUUUCAAAGAAGACUGACGACACCACCAACACUAACACCGGCGGCAACAAGUUCCACAAAGUCUACGUGAUCCCGCCCCAGCGCGGCGUCUUCCGCGCAAUCCUCUACCCGCACUACGCAUUCGAGUGGCUGGAAUGGGUCGGGUUUGCGCUCGCUGGCACGGCCGUCUUCCCUGCUACUUCUACUCUCUCGACCUCCGCCUCGUCCGCGGGUUCCUCCGUUGCCCCUCCACUCCGUCUUGCGCCCUGGCUGGUUCCCGCUGCGUGGGCUGCGGAUCGCUGGGCGGUGCCGCUGCCGCUGCCGGCUGUGCUGUUUGUUAUUAAUGCUGUUACUAAUAUGCUGCCUCAUGCGCGCUGGGGCCGGAAGUGGUAUGUUGAGAGGUUUGGAGAGGGGGCUGUUGCUGGCAGGGGGGCGGUUGUGCCGUGGUGUGCCAUGUCGAGCAAGGGCUCUGAUGAAAAUGUUAUUGCAUUCUGCAAAUGCCAACAGUAG